AUGAUCUCUCUGGACAGAAAUCUCUCCGAGACAUGGACCGUCGUCAACGCCCCAGCUUCACAAUCCAGAAAUAAUGAGGACAGGGUUGAGUUCCUCAACUUCCAACUACAAAAGGUCGUCGACAAGAUACCGACAGGAGACUUCACGUCCCUAGAACCAACAGCAGCCCCACCACCAUGGCUUCAAUCUGGACUGAAACGGUUCUGCCGCCUUCGCGUGCACCACAUCAAGAUUCUCACUCAAAUCAGCACAUAUAUGUCAAUAAGAGAUCUCAUCUCAAACCGAGCCUCAGCUAACACUCUCGUGAGAGCAGCCGCAAAAUCGGUCGAUCUGCACUUGGAAAUGAUCAAUGCCGGUGAAAUCAACCCACUCCUGUUACCAACAGCAAUCAAACUGCUUCUCACAUCUCUGUCUAUAAUGAUGUUUGCGGUGUCAGAUUGCCCUGACGAGUACGCAUCGCUUUGUGUUCAACCUUUACAGUCCGCAGUCCAUAUUCUCAGUGACGCGCAGCGCUACGUCGAAGACCCGGAUCUGAAUAUUUGUGGUACUUUGCAUGUAUUAGAGAAGGUUAUCGACGCAAUUCAGAGGUCAUAUUUCCAGCGGUCGGCUCCUUUUAUUAGUCGCAACGGAGAUACUGGCAACAGCGUGGAUGAUAGGGAGAAUUUCUUUGAAGGGAAUGUGUUCGAGGAGCUUCCCACGCCGGAUUCAGAGUUUUUCUCUAUGAUAGGGAGUAUGACAGCGACGGGUAUAUUGCACGGAGAUAACUUAUUUGGUUAG